CCAUCGACCAGGCCUCCAACCAGGAGGCCUGGUCGACGACCGGGCUGCGGGGACGCUAAGCCCCGGAAGCACCUCAAGGUAAGGUAAGGUAAUUUACCCGAGGACCACCAUUCUAGUGGCUUGGACGAGGACUGGAAGCUGCCGGCUUCACAAAGACAUAUUAUCUACUGGAACACAAUGGUGGUCAUUCAUAUUAAACGUGGAGAUGAUAGCCAGUUCCUCUUGGAAACAACUGUACAAGCAGCCGUGGAAGAUGUCUUGAAGAGCGUGGUGAUGAUUCACAAUGGUAGACUGAAGGUAUACAGGAUCUGUACUGAAAUGGCAUUGCUAGCUGAACACGGGCCAUCACUCCCACCCGAGAUGCAUGGUCUCUCAGAAGAUCAAAUCCAAGACCUGCGACUUAAGGAUGAUUGGGCUGAGACAUGUGUGGCCAGUGGUGGCUUUAAGGAAAACAAGGAUCCCUGUGGAAGACGAAAUGGAUGCCAACCAUUAGAGAAGAUGCAAGAGGUGUUACACAAGACAAUUGCAGAAGCAAAGGGAAUUAUAUCUAAAGAACAAGUAAAAAGCAACAAAUGCCUAACGGAACAACACGUGUGUGAUGCACUUGACAUGUUACGAGGAGCCGUUAUGAUUGUGUUCCCAAUGAACUUGCCGCCACAUGACCCAAUCAGGGAAGAGCUGGAGAACCGGGAAGUGUUAAUUGGAACACAAGAUGAGAAGUUUGUAUUAGAGGCAUCUAUGACACAGUUAUGGUUUGCAGGCAAAGAAAUGCAGUGCGGAAAGAAACUGUUGGACUAUGUAGGACGGAAUGAAAAGUCUAAGAUGAUUAUGAAAGUUCAGAAGCGUGGUCAGGGGCCGCCUAGCAGAGAACCCACCCUCACAGAGGAGCAACGAAAGGCCCUAAUGGCAGCAGAGUUUCAGAGAAGAGAACAACUUAAGAAGUUAGAUGAAGAUGACGACUCCUAUCUUAAUUCUUCAUGGGCCGACAACCACCAGCUUCAUCGAGCUUUUCAAGGACUUAGCAACAUUUCAUGGAAACCGCAUUAACCAAUGAUAUUGCAUGUAAAAUAAUACCAAUGGUAAUAAUACUAAAAAUAAAUUGAAUAUUAAUUGCUGUA